AUGAAGUUCUCCGCCGCAUUCAUCCUCGCUGCCCUCCCGGCUCUCAUCGCCGCGGACAGGGACCAUCACAAAUCAGAAGCUCCCCCUGCCUGCGGAACCGUGAUUUCGACCGUCACUUACACCUACUACCCCACUGGCACCGGGUCGCCCUCGAGUUCUUCUGCUUCUGUUUCCUCCUCUUCCGCCUCUUCGAGCAGCGCGCCUCAGCCGACUCCCAAUUACUUUGGCAUCAUCUCUGCGCGCUCCGCCUCGCCCGUCCACCUUCAGGAAGUGAACGCUGCCGGCGGUCGUUUCUGGAUUGGUAGAGAGACUGCCUCUUACUGCCCUCUGCCUGCGGCCCAAUGCCCCAACAACACUGACGAGACUGUCUUUGCGUACGAGAGCGGUUACGCUUCUCUGGACGUCGAGGUUCCUGGUGGCCAGCAAAUCUACGUCGCUCCCGAGGGCUACCUUGGCUUCACUGCUCCUCACUCUGCUUACAUCCCGCCCGGAUCCUCCACUGACGACUUCAAUUACACUCCCGGCUCUUCAUUUGGCUACUUUGGAACCACCGCCUUGGGCGCCACUGGCUUCCUUGCUUGCCCUAACGCGAAUGGCACUUUCCCUUACCAGGUCUUUGCCAACAUUAACGGCCUCAGCGACUCCAACGUCCCGAGCGGCAAGGUCAGUGACUGUCUCGGCUUUGACGCUCUCGCGCCUGCAUACACCGGCCCCAACCCCCCCGUCUGGGAAUACACUUAA